UCGUUUGUUCCAGUGCAACCAACUAUUUCUUCCUCCGCAAAACUUCAGAACCGGUCACCCAACUGACAACAUGGCGGGUGUUUGUGCUGCCUCUCGGCUCUUCUCCAAGACGGUACUGUCUAAAACUAAAGCGGUCCCAGCUGCUGCAGUACAGGGCUGUCGAAACUUUCACUUCUCCAUCUAUGGCAAAAAGAACAAUGCCAAAGUAUCAGACAAUAUCUCCACCCAGUAUCCAGUUGUGGAUCAUGAGUUUGAUGCUGUGGUGGUUGGAGCUGGAGGAGCAGGACUGAGAGCAGCCUUUGGUCUGUCAGAGGCUGGAUUCAACACUGCAUGUGUGACUAAACUUUUCCCCACCAGAUCCCACACAGUGGCUGCACAGGGUGGAAUCAAUGCAGCUCUUGGAAACAUGGAGGAAGAUGACUGGAGGUGGCAUUUCUACGACACAGUUAAAGGUUCUGAUUGGCUGGGAGACCAGGAUGCUAUUCACUACAUGACAGAACAGGCUCCUGCAGCUGUAGUAGAGUUGGAGAACUUUGGCAUGCCGUUUAGUCGCACUGAGGAUGGAAGGAUCUAUCAGAGAGCUUUUGGAGGUCAGAGUCUGAAGUAUGGAAAAGGUGGUCAGGCUCAUCGAUGCUGCUGUGUGGCUGACAGGACCGGUCACUCACUGCUGCAUACACUUUAUGGACGAUCACUGCGAUAUGACACCAGCUACUUUGUGGAGUACUUUGCCUUGGACCUGCUCAUGGAAGAUGGAGAAUGUAAAGGAGUAAUUGCUCUUUGCAUGGAGGAUGGAUCUAUUCAUCGAUUCAGGGCAAACAAUACUGUCAUUGCUACUGGUGGUUAUGGAAGGACCUACUUCAGCUGUACAUCAGCCCACACAAGCACAGGAGAUGGAAAUGCAAUGGUGACCAGAGCCGGUCUGCCCUGCCAGGAUCUGGAGUUUGUACAGUUCCAUCCUACUGGAAUUUAUGGAGCUGGUUGCCUGAUCACAGAGGGUUGUCGUGGUGAAGGUGGAAUCCUCAUCAACAGUGAGGGAGAACGCUUCAUGGAGCGUUACGCUCCAAAUGCUAAAGAUCUUGCCUCCAGGGACGUUGUGUCUCGCUCGAUGACCAUAGAGAUCCGAGAGGGACGGGGUGUUGGUCCAGAGAAAGACCACGUGUACCUGCAGCUUCACCACCUGCCUCCUCAGCAGCUGGCCUCCAGGCUGCCUGGUAUCUCUGAGACUGCCAUGAUUUUUGCUGGAGUGGACGUCACCAAAGAGCCCAUUCCUGUGUUGCCUACAGUUCAUUACAAUAUGGGUGGGAUCCCUACAAACUACAGGGGUCAAGUGAUCACACACACCAAUGGAGAGGACACAGUUGUUCCUGGACUUUACGCCUGCGGUGAGGCGGCAUGUGCCAGUGUGCACGGUGCUAACCGACUUGGUGCCAACUCCUUGCUGGAUCUGGUGGUGUUUGGAAGAGCCUGUGCCCUGACCAUUGCAGAGGUGCACAAACCUGGGGAGAAACUCUCUGCACUCAAGCCCAGUGCAGGAGAAGAGUCUGUGGCCAACCUUGAUAAAAUGAGGUUUGCCAAUGGAUCCAUGAGAACCUCUGAGAUCAGGCUCAACAUGCAGAAGACCAUGCAGGCUCAUGCUGCUGUGUUCCGUACUGGUUCUGUGCUAAAAGAGGGAUGUGACAAAAUGGAUGGCAUCUACCAGACCAUGGAUGAUAUCAAAACCUUUGACCGAGGCAUUGUGUGGAACACAGACCUGGUAGAAACCCUGGAGCUCCAGAACCUGAUGCUGAACGCAGUCCAGACCAUUCACUCUGCUGAGCAGAGAAAGGAAAGCAGAGGAGCCCAUGCCAGAGAGGACUUUAAGGAGCGUGUGGAUGAGUAUGACUACUCCAAGCCUCUGCAGGGUCAAGAGAAAAAGCCUUUUGACCAGCACUGGAGGAAACACACCAUGUCCUACGUUGACCCUAAAACUGGCAAGGUGACUUUGGAGUACCGUCCUGUUAUUGACCACUCUUUGGACGAGCAGGACUGCGCUCAUGUUCCUCCUGCCAUCAGAUCUUACUAAAAACAAACAAACCUGUAUUCACCCAUGAUUCUUCUUCAAUUUCAGAUCUCUUCUGAUUUUCAUUAUGUAUUAUCCUGUAUAUAUAUAUUAAAAGAGCUGACAUCGUCUGUAUAAUUAUGCUUGCACAUUUGUAUCAACUUCAAAUUGUUAAAUACAUUUGUGUGCUGUCAACUUCAUUUUAUAAUGUCAUUGUCUGUGUCUUUGUGCAGCAGAAAAUGUCAGCAUGCUUCUCUGUGUUUUUAUGCUGUAAAGAGCUGGGUUUGUGUGUAAAUACACAGUAUAUGAUAAACACUCAAGACUCAUGUGGCCGAGGAUCAUUUUCAGGGUCCAGCUGAUGAACACAGUCAAUGUUAGAACAACUUAAACUUUGCUUUUGGCGGUGACAAAGUUUCACUUAAAAUUCACAGUUCGUGCAGAGAAAACAACUAACCGUGUCGUUUGGCUGUCUAAAAGAAAAAGGAAUAAUGCUAUUGUUUAUGUACACAUUUCAGACUCAAAGGAAAGUGAAAAAAAAAUGUAAAAAUUGCUUAGGUGUAUAAUAAAUAUAGCAAUUUAUUCUGUGUAAGAAAUACUAAUGUAGACAUUGUUCCCAUUGGUGAAACACAUUCUCAUGCAGUUUUGUGGAUGAAGAUUUUAAAUCAAGUAAAAUUGUGUGUGCCAUUAUCCAAAUUAAGCUGCUCUUGUCACAUGGUGUUCAACAUUGACAUCUUUGUACACACCUUGUUGUUCUUCAAGAGGGUGGAUUUAAGUGAUGUGUUCCCAGCUGUUUGGCCUUUUCAGCUUAAGAAAAUAGAAUUAAAAUAAAUUAAUUUCCAAAUAUUAA